GGAGAUUGAACCUGUGAACCUGUACAGCCAACCUCUGCAACAAGCGGGGGGCUGAAGCGGGAGCGAGGAGCAAGAGGCGCCUCGACUGAGACAAACGCUGCGCAGACCCUGCAGAGCCCCCGCCCCCUCCCUGGCUCCUCCCCACACCGCCCCCUCCCCGGUACUAGAAAUACAGCCGCAGCCCCGCCACCGCCCGCUGCGCCUCGACCCUGCCCGGAUCUGACCACCCGGAACAGGCAGACACGCCUCGCCGCGCUUCUCGCCAAUGGCUGACCAACUCUUCCAGCGCAAACCCCGGGACCACGAGCAGCUUCGCCCGGACCCCGACUCUGACUCCGAAGGCCUGUUUGACAAGCCUCCUCCAGAAGAGCCCCCCGCUGUCCGCCGGCCCAAGUCGGCGGGGGCCGCGGGCAGGAAGGCCGGUCGGCGCACUGGUGGGAGGGCGCAGGGGGCCCGCCCUGGGCAGCCCCCCAAGGCCGCGGCGCGCCCCCAGCCCCAGGAGGAGGCGCCUCCACUGCACGAGGGCUGCUAUCUCGACCAUUUUCCGCACCUCUCCAUCUUUAUCUACGCGGCCAUCGCCUUCUCCAUCACCUCCUGCAUCUUUACCUAUAUCCAUUUACAGCUAGCCUGAUUUGCUGGGGAUGGGCUCAGGGCUGAGGUGGGAGGGAAGGGAAAAGAAGGGCUUAGCAUUUUGUGUCUGGAGACGCGCCGCACCCCCUUCAUCUAGCUUUUGAUGCUUCUUUUCUUCUCUGCUUGUCACUACCUUUGUCUAACUAUCCAUCAGUAGGAACGUCCAAAGCAGCUACCGCUAAUGAAAUAAGCACCUGGGGAUUAGGGGCGGGAACACAGACAGACUCCAACGUUUAGAAUCUCGCGGUGCGACUGAACCCCAUUUAUAAUGAGGAUAAUGUCCUUGGACCCUACCGCUUUGUGAGGUGGGGGCACGCAAAGGAAGCCUGUCAUUUUGUGGCUGGGGCGCGCACAGCGAGCCCAACCUUCUGUUCUUUAAGGGAUGAGCCAGACCCGGCGCCGCCGCCUUCCAGAGACAGGGCCCCGCGGGGUGGGGGUCGGCGCCCUGGCCUGGGAUAAGCCGAAGCCCUGUGAUGCUGCAUCGCCCCCGGAGGAGCCAGCAGUGACCCCCGAGCUGGCGCAGAGCCCGGAGCGUGGGAACCAGCGGACCUGAGAGCGCAG